AUGUCCUCCUACCGCCAGGCCUGUGCUCCCAGCAGCUUCCCCCUGUGCCAGCUGAGCUGCCCCCAGCCCUGGGCAGAGGCCUGCAACCAGCCCUGCAUCACCUCCUGCGGGGACUCUCGCGCUGUCAUCUACCCACCCCCCGUGGCCAUCACCUUCCCGGGCCCCAUCCUCAGCUCCUGCCCCCAGGAGAGCUUCGUGGGCAGCUCAGUGCCACUGGAGCUCGGCAGCUCCUUUGGCUCUGGCAGCUCCUUUGGCAGCUCCUUUGGCCCCGGUGCCCCCCUGGGUGGGCGAUUCUCCUACCCCUGCUCCUCACGCAGGUUCAGCACCUUCAGCCGUGGGAGCUGUGGGCCCUGCUAA